AUGCUCCACUCGAUAAUCCGCGAUUAUGACCAUCAACUAGCGACAAGAAAUGAGAAAAUCAAAAAUGCCGAAAAAAAGCUGAUUGAUGCUAGCUGUAAAAGUGCUAAAGAGCUUGCAAUCGAUGUUAACCUACCAGUGAAGCAUGCAUACGCAAACCAGAAAAAGGUGGACAAGGAAUUCAGAAAGAUACAGCAAGAAGCGUCUGACUUGGAAAAACAAUCGGAAAAGUGGAAUGAGUCGUUGAAAAACUUCGAGUCUGCGAUCAGGCAUCUAGGGGACUUUGAAGCUUUUGCCUAUGCAAUUGAGAGGGAAACGAAGAUAUUGCUCCACGCCGUCAAAGAAUCAAAAAAGGAAACCUAA